GAUGAGGAAUACAAGGAGGAGAUCCCUACAGAUAAGAGCCCAGAUGACUGUACUGGGCGCUUGGAGAAGCAUCUCAUAUCUACAUAUUAUAAUGCAGAUGAUCCAUGUGUCAUAUUAGAUACAUAUGAAGAGCGUGCCAUUAUCCCAGAUGUACCCUCAGACCUUCACAGCAAAAAUCUAUCAUCUCAUCCUUUAAAACAAGUCCAAUCUUCUAAUUCAUCACAUACUCUUACUCAGAAUGAAACUCGCAGAAGAUGUUCUGGAACCCAAAGAGCUCGGAGAAAGCCGUAUUCAUGCUCAGAAUGUGGCAAAUAUUUUACUUGGAAAUCAGGCCUUCUUCAACAUCAAAUUCAUCACACAGGGGAGAAGCUGUAUUCAUGUUCAGACUGUGGGAAAUGUUUUACUAGUAAAACACAAAUUGAAAACCAUCAGAGAAUGCACACAGGAGAGAAGCCAUUUUUAUGUUCAGAAUGUGGAAAAUGUUUUACUAGAAAAACAUAUCUUGAUAAACAUUACAGAAUUCACACAGGAGAGAAGCCGUUUUCAUGUUCAGAAUGUGGAAAAUGUUUUACUAGAAAAUCACAUCUUGAUAACCAUCACAGAAUUCACACAGGAGAGAAGCCGUUUUUAUGUUCAGAAUGUGGAAAAUGUUUUACGAAUAAAACACAUCUUGAAACCCAUCAGCGAAUUCACACAGGAGAGAAGCCGUUUUCAUGUUCAGAAUGUGGAAAAUGUUUUACUAGAAAAACAUAUCUUGAUAAACAUUACAGAAUUCACACAGGAGAGAAGCCGUUUUCAUGUUCAGAAUGUAGGAAAUCUUUUACUGAUAAAUCAAGUCUUGAGAGCCAUCAUAGAAUUCACACAGGAGAAAGGCCGUUUUUGUGUUCAGAAUGUGCGAGAUCCUUUACUAGAAAGUCAGAUCUUCUUCUACAUCAAAGAAGUCACACAGCAGAGAAGCCGUAUUCAUGUUCAGAAUGUGGAAAAUGUUUUACUAGAAAAUCAUAUCUUGAUAACCAUUACAGAAUUCACACAGGGGAUAAGCCGUAUUCAUGUUCAGAAUGUAGGAAAUCUUUUACUGAGAAAUCAAAUCUUGAGAGACAUCGGCAAAUUCACACAUUGGAGAAGCUGUAUUCAUGUUCAGAAUGUGGCAAAUGUUUUACUCAUAAAUCAUCUCUAAAGAGCCAUCAGAAAAUUCACACAGGGGAGAAGCUGUAUUCAUGUUCAGAAUGUGGCAAAUGUUUUAUUCAUAAAUCAUCUCUAAAGAGCCAUCAGAAAAUUCACACAGGGGAGAAGCUGUAUUCAUGUUCAGAAUGUGGCAAAUGUUUUAUUCAUAAAUCAUCUCUAAAGAGCCAUCAGAAAAUUCACACAGGGGAGAAGCUGUAUUCAUGUUCAGAAUGUAGGAAAUGUUUUACUGCGAAAUCAAGUCUUGAGAUACAUCAGAGAAUUCACACAGGAGAGAAGCCGUUUUCGUGUUCAGAAUGUGGCAAAUGUUUUACUCAAAAAUCAUCUCUUGUUCAACAUCAGAGAAUUCACACCAGGAACAACGAAUUCUGA